CUGCAACCUGCUACUGCUUUCCCUUGUUUCAGCGGAUAAGAUUGCAGACACUUAUGCUGUCUAUGUGGAAUGCUUUUAUUGACAAUGAAGGCUCCAAGAUUAUUUCGGAAAUUCAGAACUAUCCUGUUCUUAUUGGAAGAAGGCUAAAGGUUCAAAAUUAUAAUGGAGUGGCUCUUUCUACUUGGUUUGAUUCAGCAAUUCUUGUGAAUCCACCUGUCCAAGAAGCAAGGGAACUCAAGAACUGGGCAAGUAGAAAUGCCAAAUGCCUUGCAGACAUUGUUGCAAAGAGAACAUACAGUCGAUACAAUCCUGAUCUCUCUUUCCAAGCAGAUCAAAAAAUUACUGAUAUAUCAAAUAUCAGCUCAAAACACAAGGUGUAAAUUUGAUGUUGACCUCUCUGAUGACACCGGAACAGUCACAGCCACAAUGUUUGGCGAUUUAGCUGAGAAACUGCUAACGUUCACAGCAAAAGAAGCAAUGGAGCAUUAUUUUCAGAAUAUGGUGUUACCACUUGAGGUUCUGCAUGAAGACCUAAAAUCCAAGAAAUUCCUUGCGUACAUUAGACCUGUACAGGUUCCCUUGGCUGAUGCAAAACAACGUUUCACAAUGGUAUACUACAAGGAAGCUUCUGAUGAACAAGUUUCUGUUACAGGCUCCAGUGAACAGGCCUUUACUUGUCCUUCAUCAGCAGGCGGAACGUCUUCUUCAAAAGCUAAAGUUUGUCUUCUUCAAAAAUUUGACGAGUCAGAUGAGCAGAGGCAAUUAAGCUCUGAAGCUCUUCAGACCAGCCCCAAGAAAAAAGCUAGACAAGCUUAGAAUUGUUUCCUUUCCAAGCAAACUAUCUUUUUUCCUGCGUUGGCUCCUAGGUGCCUUUUUGUGUGGUGAAGGACACCAAGUCUCAACAUUUUUAAGACCACUAUCAUGCUACUGAUAUGCCUUGCAAAUGCUCAGGGAUUUUCAUGAUUCUGAACUUUGUAUUUCUACACACUCUUACGUUUUGCCUGUUAAUUUGCAUGCCUUUUGCAACUUAAUUUGAAAACGCCAUAA